UACAAUUACACUCGGAGUGAAAGUCUUGGGUUGGGGGGGAUCUCCAAGGUGUUGAUCGGGGUAUCAAGAGGGCCGUUGAAAACCCAGCUUUGUAUAUUUUUCUUUGCCUUGGCAAUUUUUUUUCUUGAUACAGAUGGGACAUCUUUGAGAAAAUAUCAGUGUUUUUGAUGGUGGUAUUAUGAAUGAGUUAAAAACAAUUCUAACAUCUACGUGACGUGCGUUUUAUGGAACAGGUUGGGCCUCUGUGACAAUGGCUGAUAGUUCGGUUUCAGCUGAAGCUAUGGUGCGGACAUCCUCCAGUUCCGAUCCAUUUUGCAAAAGAAUUCUCUAUGAAGAAAUAGCCUUUUCGAGGGUUCGUAUUUGGGAUCUUGCAAUAUUAAUACCAAAUGUUCUGUUUCUUGUAUUCCUUGGUAUUCGAUUUAAUAGAGCCAUUCUCAAGCUUAGAGCAACCUCUAGCCCUAUUUUUCUGACAUUCUAUGGUUUGGUUAUUGCGAACAUUGUCAUCAGUGUAAUCAGAUGCUGUGUGUCAAUGACUGUAAAUGCGGCUACAGUAAGUGGAGAGUAUGCUGAUAAAAUACUUUGGAUUUCUGUGCGAUUCUUUCUUCUGGCUACUGAAAUGAGUGUAGUGGUCUUUGGACUAGCAUUUGGUCAUCUUGACAGUCGUAGCAGUAUCCGCCAUGUAUUACUAGUUACUUCCUUUAUUUCGUUAGGAUUUUCCAUCUCUCAAGCUGUUCUUGAAAUGAUGUCACCUGAUGAGCAUUUCCAUGUUGAUUCAAAAGAUUAUAACCUUUUUGGUCAUGGGGGCAUGUUGUUCUGGUUUGCCAGUUCAAUUGUGUUCACAUUUAUCUACAUGUGCAUUUUAAUUCUACCCUGGACUAAACUUCGGGAUCGACUAGCAUUGCCCACGAAGCGCUCCUUCUAUACCUACAUCUUUUUGCUUUGUUUACUGAAUGGCAUGCAGUCAUUGGGCUCGGGAUUAUUAUUGUAUGAGUUAUAUGCUGGUUUGUGUAUUGUGGAUGUUACAACAUAUGCAUAUUUUACUCUUCUGACACCACUUGUGUACUAUGCAUUUUUGAGUGAAUUUUUUGGAGUUUCCCAACCAAGUAUUAUGUUUUCAUACAAAGCUCAAGUUGAUGACCAUAUGGAAGACGAUACUGUCUCUUUACCUCAUCAACAAAGUUUCUCAUCUUUAAAAACAGACUCAGAUUACAUAUACCAAAACAAUAGUGUAUACAACAGUACCCAACUUGAUGCUAAUACUCCUAUUAACCCUUUGUAUGCUGCAUCCUUACAAAGCCCUGAUUCCAUAACUGGUUACAGCAUCGAUAGUUGUCAAAGUUUAGAUGUUGGGCCAAUAUCUUCAGGAUAUCAACGAACAAAUAUGUAGAGUACAUUUUAUUGAGUUGCAGGGAUGCUUUCAGCUCAUUCUAAGACUUGGAAAGGGGUUUAAGAUUUUAUAUAGUCUGUGGCCAAGUAGCUGAAGAUUCUCAGAGAAUCAUUAGGAAGUGGCCCAAAGGCGCUCAGCAAAUGACUCUGAGCUCUGUGCUUGAUGUCAUGUCUAGUCUCAACCUUAACUUUUGUUAAGAGUUCAAAAAAAAAAAAAAAAAAUUAAAAAAAGAUUCUCCUUUAGGCUUUCCAGCAGGUACACAGGCAUAGUGAAAGGUAUUGUUAACCCUUUUGAUUUUUCUAUGAAGGCAUUGGUGUAACAAUAUUAAUUUUUUGAAGAGGUGAUUUAGAGCAACAAUACGAAAUUGUACUGUAGACUUUGGUCUGUUGUACAUGGCAUAUAAUGUCUUAACUCACUAAUAGAAAGCUUGCUGUGAUCUCUUUUCUGAGAUGUGUGAUAUGUUGUAAAUGAUCUGUGUGUUUUAAGUAGUUCAUAAUGGAGUCUUGUACAUUGUUACCUGAAGUUUGUCUUAUUUUUGUGCAGAAAGAUAUAUUUCAUCUUUUUAAAUUCUAUUUUUUUUUUUUCACCAAAAUUUGUGAAGUAUCCUUACUAGAAAUGGAUUACAAAAUGACUUUGAAACGAUUUUGCAGUUGUCAUCCCCAGUGUUGUCUUGAUGUCAGAGCGACUCUUACAAUGUUAUUUCGGCAUCUCAACAGUAUGUUCAAACUGUAAUUUAUCACUAGGCCUCUAUGGAUUGACAUUAAAUACCCUCAGCUGCACAAUGUCGUCUUUGAAGGGUUAACAACCUGACAUACUCUUUUCGAUAUUUUCCUGCUUUAAUUGAAACUAAAAAAAGAUGGCAACACUCAUGACAAAGAUUUUGGUCUGUUAAACUGGCUUUUGUCCUAAAACUUAAACAAAAACCUCCCUUAGCUAAUUUAUAUAUAUAUAUUGAUAUUGAUUGGGCAUUUCUGUAAGACUGGAAUUUUUACUGGGAUUUAUGCUCCUUAUACAUAAUAUAGGAUUGUAGAUGAUUACUACUGUGUAUUUCUUUUCUAAAAGCCUGUCAUCUUUCUUUUUUUGUUAAGCUUGCUACAUAAACAAUUUUUGUUUUAUUUUCCAUUGAGAUUGUUUCAUGUCAUUAGAAUUACUUACUUUCCCUAAAAUUUAUCACUUUUGAACUGCUUUAAUAUAGUGGUUUUAUUGUUCUGUUUUUUUAACACCACUAUUAAGUUAAUUAAUUCUUUUACCAUAGAUUAGUAGGUACAGUUUUAUUUACUGCUAUAGUUCUAGGUUUACCAUUUAAGUGGUGACUGGUUGUUUGGAUUUUUGCACCCUGGAGCUCAAGGUAUCUAAGCACCACAGUCCUGGAUUGACAUAGCAUAAAGAAACCUGCAGUCGGAGUGAAGGUCUUAUUGGAGUCCUGUAUAUGUAAUUUGAACAUUGUUUUUUUCACAAUUUUUCUAACUGCAUUCCUCAUUUAGUCCAGCAGUAUUUUCUGUAUCUACCGUAAUCUUAAGUUGAAGUUGUGAAAAAGCUCCACCUAUGUUGCAUACGCACACUCAAAUUGACAUUUAAAAAAAAAUUAAUCUACAUGGCUCAGGGGAGGAGUAGCAGGUCAUGCUAACUCUUUUUUUUCAGAAAAGUACUUUUUUCAGAUGGUUUUUUAUUAGUUUACUUUCCUCACACAAAUGGAAACGAUUAGAGCUGUAGGUAUAAAUCUAUUUUGGUGCUUUAUUAGCAUCAUCUUCAAACUGAAUGCUUCAUGCUGUAUUGCAUCCAGCUGUACUGAAUGUUUCAAAUUAUUUGAAGCUGCCUUUUGUAAGUCAAUGUGAAUCUGCACUGAUUCCGUCCUUAGGUCCUAAUGAUGGAUUUUUUGAGAUUGACGGUUGCAGUGCUUUCUGAAACUCAUAAAUAUAGUUCUUUGUAAACAGUCUCUAAGAAUGAGGGGCCAAAAUGUUCUACUGAAAGUAUGACUUUAGUAAUCAUUUGCAAUAUGGUAAAAGACACCUUGUUCUUCUUGACUAAUUAAAGUGCUUGCUAUGUCAUUUACUAUAUUAAUUAUAAUUAAUCUAUUCUGUAAAUUUGAGUCAAUUCUUGGCCACCUUCUCUUCACGCAAGUAUUUAACCAUUGUCCUGUAGUUAAUAAUCAAAAAUAAUCAAACUGAAAUUUUAAUUUUGCAACUACAAUGCACUGACUGCAUUCUUGAUUAUGUUUGAAGCUUUCAAUUGUUUGCUACAAUUCAUCAUUUGAAUAAGCCUGACAGGUGACUGACAUUCCUCUAUAUACAAGAACAGUAAAUAAAUAUCUUGUUUAUGAGUUACCGAAGUUAUUUGUUAAAUUUGGAUCUUAGGCUCAUAUAAGUGUACCUUACAAUUUUAUGCAUACCUAUUUUAAUCCUUAUGACUGUUUUCCAUUUUCCCAAUUGCUGUUUGACUUAAUGGUGAAGUCUUACUUUUUGUCUUUGAAUUACUGUGAUAAUUACUGUCAUUUCUACCAACUCAUAGGGUUCCCUUCCUCUUCUUUCCCUGAACCUUUAUAUUUUAAAACAUGCUGGUGCUUUUUGAGUUUUGAUUAUGAAAACAUUGUGGAGGGAAAAUGUAGUCUCUAGCUGGUAUUUGCUGUUUGAAAUGCAUAGUUGCACUAGUAGGACUGAAUCUUCCUAAAGUCAAAGUUCAUUAUGUUAUCCUAGAAAUUUUGAUGUCAUCUGGGGCCCAGCCUAAAAAUAAAAUUGUAUCCUGCCUACUUAGUGUAAUGUCACAUUAUUCCCAGAAUUAUUUGUAUUCAUUGAAUACAUGUAGAUCACUCAUAUAAAAGUUUGCCCUAUUUAUGACAGGUGAACUUCUAUUACAAGUACAUAUAUAUUUUUAAAUAGCUCUAAGUACUUAAUUGUAAUGUUUUAAAAUUCUGUGAAAGGCCGUAUAUGAAGAGGAUUUGACAAGCUCUAAAGUUUAAAGUUACGCGUGUGAGCCAUGUUACUACAUACUUUCAAUGUUUAAUUGAGGAAUAAUUACCUUUUUUAAACACACUGUGAUACCCUCUGAAGAUUAACAUUCUGCUUCCUCUAGACCCUUUGUAUAAAGGCUAACAAACAUUUCUUUUUAUUCUGUCAUUCAAAAAUUUUGUGAUAUAAUGUACUACAUGCUCAACUGGUUGGAAAGAGAAUUACUUUGUCUAGUGACUGUAAUGCAGUAUGGCUUUAGGAUGUUUUUUGUAUUUGGCCUUUCAACUCUUUAUUUUUAUAGGUACAUCAUCUUUGUAUUGUAUUGUGAUAUUUAAUUUUAAUUUUAGUUGCCCUUGCAGACAGCCCCUUUUCAGUCCAAAGUUUGUUCCUGAUGGAACAAUGGUAACUACUUACUCAGAAGGACAAUGAAUGAGCUACCUUGCUGGAAGAACAUCACAAGGAGCCUCACAAACCUUGAGCUGUUGCUGUUGCACUCAAACAACAAUUGCAAUUGCACCCUGAAAACUGCAUUUUCAAAUUUUCAAUGUUUGCAUAAUUUUUUUGAGCAUUGAACUUGUUCUGUGUAAACUCUGCAAGAUGUUCAUGCAUACAGCAGCAAAACUGAUCAACAGUUAAAGGUUGGUUUAGCUCCUCAUUAAUGUUCUUGCUUAGGUUCCUCACACCAGCUCAUUGUUCUUACUCACAUUCCUGCACUGUGUUGUUCUAUUUUGUGAAAUAGAGAAAUUCUACUCUUGCCUUAUUGCCAAAUAUUUUCAUCAUGUUAAGUACCUACCAUAAUGUAUUUACAGGAAUCAGGUGUUUGAGCUGUUAAGCAUUAUGUAUUUUACCUUUGGUCUAGCUUGUGCUUUAGAGUUAUUUUUUGUUGUGAUUUUUAUUGCUAAUUUACUUUUGGUGGAAACAUUAAACACUCGUAUUUAUA